AUGGCGUCUCUCGUUCUUCUCCUCUCCGAACUCCUCCGUCACCACAACACCAAUCCCGACUACUGGCUCACUAUUCCUCUUCCGCCGCCGCCGUCGCCGCCGCGGACGUCUUCUUCUGUAGCCGGAAAGUCGCUGCUGCCGAGUGAGCGCUGUUACAGCAAUAAGAGCCGAAUCUGUGCCGAUGAGACUGUAAUCGAUGAGUUUCUCAAGGAAUCCAGGGCUAUAGGCACAGUUGUUGGUCAUCGAGAUUACUCAUCUGCUUCCGCUUGGCACUCUGAUGGUCGCAUGUUUGCUACUGGGAAUCAAGACAAGACAUGCCGAGUAUGGGAUGUUAGGAAUUUCUCAACACCCGUUGCAGUUCUAAAGGGACAUAUUAGUGUUGCUCGAUCGAUCCGUUAUUCAUCUGAUGGUCAGUUCAUGGUGGUUGCUGAACCUGUAGAUUUUGUACAUGUGUAUAGCACGAGUGUAUAUUACAAAAAGAGGCAAGAGAUAGAUUUCUUUGGAGAGAUCUCGAGGGUGUCAUUGAGUCCAGAUGAUGAGUCUCUGUACAUAGGAAUAUGGGAUAGGACUUAUGCAAGCUUACUACAAUAUAACAGGAGGCAUACCUAUGGAUAUAUUGAUUCAUUCUUGUAG